AUGGAAUACUCAACUUCCCGUUUAGCCUUCAUCUUUCUGGCGAUCGUUUGCAAGGCUCAUAUAACCAAAAGCCAGAACCUGUCCUGCAAUUCCAAUGACUUGACGGCGCUGAACGGUUUUCACAAGUGUGCAGGCUUACCUGUUGAUGGCUGGGGGGUUACUCCUGACAAUGAAUGCUGCUCUUGGGCUGGAGUCACGUGCGAUAACACCACCGCUACACAACGCAGGGUGAUUGGCUUGGAUCUUCAUGGCAGAGGACUUGCCGGGGAAAUAUGUGAUUCCCUGGCAGAUUUGGACCAGCUGAGCACUCUUAAUCUUUCCCAUAACUACCUCCAUGGUUUUCUUCCAGAUAAACUCUUUCAGAUGCAGAAUCUCGAGGUCCUUGAUUUGAGCGGGAACGAAUUCGUGGGCUCCUUUCCUCUUCACAUCCACCUACCCCGUAUAAGGAUUUUGGAUGUCUCAGAUAAUAACUUCGUAGGUUCUCUCACCUCAACAAUAUGUGACAGAUCACACUCUAUUGAGUCACUCAAUUUCGCCGAAAAUCAGUUCCAUGGAGAAGUUCCUGUGAAUUUUGGCAACUGCACUUCUCUUCAGCAUCUCUUCCUCAGUGGAAACAGUCUAUCAGGGAGCUUGCCGGAAAGACUGUUCCAACUCGAGCACCUGCGCAAACUCCAAUUGCAGGACAAUGGCUUUUCAGGACUGCUGCACGAAAGGAUUGAUAAUCUCUCUAACGUUGUUGAGAUUGAUUUGUCUAACAAUCUGUUUUUUGGAGUACUUCCAGACGUUUUCGGGGGUCUUCGGAAGCUGGAGCACUUUGCUGCCAAGUCAAAUAAAUUCUCUGGUCAGUUGCCGCCUUCGCUGAUGAGCUCUCCAUCCCUUUCCACACUUGACUUGAAAAACAAUACUCUUGAUGGUCGUAUUAGUAUCAACUGUUCUUCAAUGACUCGUCUUACUUCCCUCAACCUCGGUUCCAAUUUAUUCCAAGGUCCGCUUCCUGAAAAAUUAUCUACUUGUCAUAGGUUGAAUGUUCUAAGUCUCGCGCAGAAUCACUUAAGCGGAGCAAUUCCUUCCAGUUUCCAAAACCUCAAGGCACUUACACUGCUAUCUCUUUCAAAAACUAAAUUUAGUGAUCUGUCUAGUGCUCUGCAUAUAUUACAGCGAUGCAGAAACUUAAGUGUAUUGGCCCUUUCUGAGAGUUUCCAGGACGAAGAAAUGUUGGGACAUGCUGAUUUGCUGUUUCCGAAUCUGAAAGUGUUCUUGAUUGGCAACAGUCAACUAAAAGGGUCGAUACCGGUGUGGUUAAGGGGGUGCGAAAACUUGCAACUGCUGGAUCUUUCAUGGAACCAAUUAAGCGGAAGCAUUCCUGGUUGGAUCGGCGAUUUUAGAUUCCUCUUUUAUUUGGAUUUGGGGAAUAAUUCAUUCACCGGAGACAUACCGAAGAGCUUAAGCGAACUGCCAAGUUGCAUCAACAGUAGCAGAUCAUUCCCUCUUGUAGGCUCUCCAUCGAAUGUGACACUCCUUUCGGGGAAAGAAGAUGGAAAAUAUUUGACAUACAAGCAAUUCUGGAACUUUCCAUCAACCUUGGACCUAAGUCACAACAAGCUCAAUGGACCGAUUUGGCCAAGUUUUGGAAACCUUAAGGGCCUUCAAGCAUUUUUCUUGGAAAACAACCAAUUGUCGGGCAAUAUACCCAAUAGCUUGUCGGGGAUGCAAAGUUUGGAGAAAGUAAACUUGUCCCACAACGGCUUGACGGGAGAAAUACCCUCGUCCUUCCAGAAGCUGACUUUCCUAUCGGCUUUCGAUGUGUCAUACAAUAAGCUCUCCGGCGCAGUUCCGUUGGGAGGCCAGUUUUCGACCUUUCCAGACUCGAGCUUCGAAGGAAACAUCGGCCUCUGUGGUAGUAGUAGACCAAGCUUACGCUCAUGUCAAUCACAAGCAAAACCACCAUCUGAUGAGCUUCCAAACGACGAGGCUUCGACCGACGGAACCCCAUAUUCACAGAUGGCUUUCGGGAUCGGAGCGGCCGUAGGUUUCAUCUGGACAGUAAGCCUCUGCUUCCUGUCAGGUUGGGUGCUUGACAAGGGACAACGUAGACGGUGA